ACUUUACAACAUUUGGAUUUGGAAUUCCCGAUUACGUGUCUAGGAAAGAGCAGAUAAAAAUAGCACAAAUCAAGUCAGCCCACCACUCUUGCAAUAUAAGAGAGAAAGAAUGGGCCACAAAAAGCGUUCAAAAUGCAAAAGACGAGGUAGAAAAAGUAAAGGUACGCGACCCACGUAUUCAAAAAAUAAACCAAUAAAGAAAAAAACCACAAAGAAAAAAUGUGAACUAAACGUUACAGACGAAAAUAAAAGUAUAUGUAGGCCUAUAUUACCUCCUAACAAAAAAGAAAAUAUAAUAAUUAGUGUAGAAUUCAUAGAGAAGCUUACGGAAGAGAUUCCAAAAUAUAAAAACAAAGAUCAUAAAGACAAGGAACCAAAUACUAGAGUCUCCAGUGAGCUACAUGCAAAAGAUAUAAUUAAUGAUCUCUGUAGUUUUAAAAAUUUAAAGGUCAGGUUACAAAACGUACCGGUGUAUCAUGUGCAGACAGCCACACGAAAUCAUCCGGUGUCAAUACAAAAUAUACAGUGGAAAUUAUUUAACAAGGAAAGUCUAAGAUUAGUGACGUAUAUUAAAUAUCCAGAACGAGGCCCGAAGUCGGCCAUGUUACUGGCGAACCAUGGGUUUGUGUACACAGGGGAAGGUAACGACAACGACGACAGAGUUACCUGCUACUCUUGCUGUUCGACCAAACAAGACUGGCUUCUCUUGGACGACGUGGCGGAAAUCCACAGGCAAAUGUCGCCUGGGUGUUCAAUGGUAACCAACAUCAACAGCGAUAACAUACCAAUGUCAAUGGACGUUGUCACUAAUUUUGAUAACAUGCUAGAGAAUGCGGAAAAAAUUUUGCCAUUUUAUGAUGAAAAAGUUAAAGAAAAUAAUACACCGUUACCUCUUCAUAGCCAACUACAUAAUUUCAAUAAUAGUGAAAAUCAAAAUAUAGGAAACAGAAAUUAUCAACAAAGAUUGAACCAGACAGAUGGCAACAUUAGAACACAAGGUGACGUCAUGGAGAUCGAAUCUGACUCUGUUCCCUCAAUAAAUCGCGAAUCAAUCACCAACAGGAGUCAAAACGUAGGUGUUUUAAACCCUCAGUUGCAAAAUGCCCAGACCAAACAACUCUCAUUAGGUUCACCCAAUAGAAUAUCAUCUCAAACUCCUACCAUCCCUGCUGCUGUUUCAUCUUUGUCAGUCUCGGAAAACAGAAAUCUGACCACAGGCAAUCUUAUAGAAGCUCAGCAUCUAAACCUACAACCAGAUUCAAACAGUGAUAUUCAGUCACUGAAUAUGGCUUCACAAGAACAGAUAUCGCCUUUCAUAGAAGUUCAAAUUUCUCUUCCUAAAUCAAUACCAUCCAAACCUCAUGAAAAUAGAGAAAAUUCUGAUCAAACAUCAGCUAAUUUAACAUCCCAAGUACCCAGUAUUUCAUCAAGGUCUUUAUAUCCUAAUUCCCCAACAAUAGCGACUACAGGAGUAGUAGACACCAGCAGACAAACAGAACCAUCCCAACAACCAGCACCAACCAACACAGAAUCAGCAGCCCCAACAAGUUCAAACCCAGACGCAACUCCACAACUCACCACAGUAAACACCAACAGUGCAGCGACUAACAAACCUGGCAAAAGAAACCCAACAUACUCAGAACUUGGCAUAAUCACAGAGAGACCAAAACGUCCGGAAUAUGCCGUCAAAUUAAAAAGAAAAGAAACUUUCUCUAGCUGGCCGAGAAAUCAUCGCUUGACUGAGGAUGAACUAGUGGACGCUGGUUUUUACUUCGCUGGUUACGGUGACUGUGCCAGAUGUUUCUACUGUGGUGGUGGACUCAGGAACUGGGAGGAUGAAGAUGACGUGUAUGUUGAGCAUGCCAGAUGGUUCCCUAAAUGUGCUUUUAUUCGUCAGAGAAUGGGCCAGGUCUUCGUCGACCAGGUCCAGAAGUUAAACAAAGACCGUGAUCAGAUUUCAUUUUCUUUAGUAUUAAGUACACUUAAAGAAACAUCUUCAACUUUUCAACUAGAGUCAAACGACGAGCCUUUAAAGCGAGAUGCGGCUGUGAAAGUUGUUGUUGAGAUGGGUUACAACAUGCUCGAUGCCAUAGCUGCAGCCAAGUUCGUCAAGGAGAAGUACACGAUAAUUUCUGCGGAUGCUAUUCUCGAGAAACUACAAGCUGAUCAGCGACCAAGAGACCAGACUAAAGCACCUAGACCAACCAAUACAGGAGCUUCAUCAAACGAUGCUAAACAUUUGGAAACAUUGAGGACAAUAAAAGAACAGAACAACCAGCUACGUCAGCAGACUGUGUGUAAGAUCUGUAUGGACCAGGAGGUGGCUGUCGUCUUCCUGCCCUGUGGUCAUCUGGUGUCCUGCAAUGAUUGUGCUUCAGCCAUGAGAGACUGCCCAGUCUGUAGGAAAACAGUGAAAGGAACAGUUAGAGCAUUCAUUAGUUAAAUUAUGAUUUUAUAAUUAAUAAAUAGUUAAAAAUAAAAAAUAAGCUAUAAAAUCAUGUAAAUUUUUAUAUUAUUACUUACUAAAAUUUUGAAAUAUUAUGUCAAAAUAAACAUCAAUAACAGGAUUCAAGCUUUAAUUGCAUA